AUGGAUAAAUAUUAUUCGAUUUGCACUCGGCAAUCGGGAUCGUGCAUUCAGGCAUCGCCAUAUUAUCACAUAUCGCAUAUAGCAUUCACGCAUGUCGCAUUGUCAAAAAUGGAUUCAAAAGAAAUGGAACCAGAAAAUGAAGUUGAUGAAAGUCAGGCAGGACCAGAGUUACCAAAAUUAGCUCGAAAGAAACCUAAAGGAUUACUAAGACAGGAAAAGUUAAGAGACUUAAAAAAUAAAAAAAAAAUUCAAAAAAGAGAUAGAAAACUUAGAAAGGCUAGUGGUGAUCCGAAGCAAGUACCUCGAACAAUCGAAAACACCAGGGAACCAGAUUCUACUGUAUUACACUCAGACGAUGAAGAUUAUGAUCAAAAAACACAGGACUUGGCUGCUGAAUUUGAACACGAUGAGUUUGCUGAUUAUUAUUCAAAUCUUUAUAAACCUAAAGUGUUGAUUACAUACAAGGAAAAGCCUCUGAGGAAGGUUAGAGAAUUUGGUAAAAUUUUAACAGAAAUUGUACCUAAUUCUGUUAGAAUUUUUCGUCGUGAUGCUUCUGUAAAAGAAACAAUUCAAGCUGCUAUUAAUAAAGGAUAUACAGAUUUGAUAAUCAUAAAUGAGGACCGCAAUGAACCUAAUGGUUUAAUUCUUGUACAUUUACCUGAUGGACCAACCGCAUAUUUCCGUUUAAGUAAUGUUAUAUUUCCAAACAAAAGGCAGCGCAAAGAAUUUACUGACCAUAGGCCAGAAGUAAUCACUACAAAUUUUACAACAGGAUUAGGUAAAACUGUAGCUCGUAUGUUAGGUGCAGUGUUUCAUCAAGACGCAGAAUUUAAAGGCAGACAUGUUGUGACAAUGCAUAAUCAGAGGGAUUACAUAUUUUUCCGGCAUCACAGAUAUAAGUUUUUGAAAAAUAAACCGUAUCUCAGAGAAUUAGGACCAAAGUUUACAUUGAGAUUGCAAUAUCUUCAAGAGGGUUUAUAUGAUCCAAAGUGUGGUGAAUACAGAUGGAUAAUGACUGAUAAAAGACAUAAAAUUGAAACCAGCCGAAGAAGAUUUUUUUUGUAA